GACGGAAGUUACGUCACGGGGCAAAAAAACGGUUGCCUUCGGUGCCUGCGUCAGAGCGGCGUUGGCGGCGGCUACCUUGCUCCGCUGGUCGGAUGGACGGGGCCCCUGCGGCCUUGGGCAGCGGCGACGGCAGCGCAGAGGAUUUGGAACUGAGAGCUAAGACCACAAGGAAAACUCCCAGAAAGAACAUUCCAGCAAAAGGAUCAUCCCAAGACUUGGAGCCUAGGACUAAAAACAAAGAGGCAACUCCAAAGAUCAUAAUAGGUGAAGAAUCAUCCUCAUUGGUGAAAGUUGAAACACUCAAAGGGGCAGACUUUUGUUACUCUGCGCUUGGGGCAUUUGGGGAAGGUGAGAGCCUGGAAAAGCAGCAGCCAAUAAAGCAGGAGAGUGAGGUAAGAAUGAUUAAACGUCAGAAGAUUCCAACUGGAAAGAAAUUUUAUAAGUGUAAAGAAUGUGGCUUCAGUCAUGGCUCAUCCUUUGUUAACCACAAGAGGAUUCACAUGGGAAAAAAGCCUUAUAAAUAUAAAGAAUAUGGGAAAGCCUUCCCUCGAUUCUCAAGGCUCACUCAACAUCAGAAGAUCCAUGCUAGAGUUUAUAAAUGUGAUGAAUGUGGGAAAACAUUUACUCAAAAUUCAGUCCUUCUUCUACAUCAAAGGAUGCAUACUGGAGAGAAGCCAUAUAAGUGUGAUGAAUGUGGGAAAGCCUUCAUUUACAAUUCAAGCCGUGUUAAGCAUCAGAAAAUUCAUACUGGAGAGAAGCCUUAUAAAUGUAAUGUAUGUGGGAAAGCCUUCAUGCAGAGGUCAGAUUGUGUUAGGCAUCAGAAGAUCCAUACUAGAGAGAAGCCUUAUAAAUGUAAUGAUUGUGGGAAAGCCUUCCCUAGUUUUUCAAAGUUCACACAACAUCAGAAGACCCAUACUAGAGUGAAAGUUUUUAAAUGUAAUGAAUGUGGGAAAACAUAUACUCAAAAUUCUACCCUUGUUUUACAUCAAAAAAUACAUACUGGAGAGAAGCCAUAUAAAUGUGAUGAAUGUGGGAGAGCCUUCUUUUAUAAAUCAGGCUUCAUCAAACAUAAGAAGAUUCAUACUGGAGAGAAGCCUUAUAAAUGUAAUGAAUGUGGGAAAGCCUUCAGGCAGAGCUCCGAUGUUGUUAGGCACCAGAGGACCCAUACUGGAGAGAAGCCUUAUAAAUGUAAUGAAUGUGGGAGAGCCUUUAGUCAGAGGUCAGAUGUUGUUAAACACCAGAGGAUCCAUAGUGGAGAGAAGCCUUAUAAAUGUAAUGAAUGUGGGAAAGCCUUUAUUCGCAGCUCAAGUCUUACUGCACAUCAAAUGAUUCAUACUGGAGACAAACCUUAUAAAUGUAAUGAAUGUGGGAAAGGCUUCCCUCAAUUCUCAAAGCUCACUAAACAUCAGAAGAUCCAUACUAGAGUGAAAGUUUAUAAAUGUAAUGAAUGCGGGAAAACCUUUCCUCAAAACACAAGCCUUGUUUUACAUCAACAGAUUCAUAAGAGAGAAAAGCCUUAUAAAUGUAAUGAAUGUGGGAAAGCCUUCUCUCAGAGGUCCCACCUAACACAACAUUUGAAUACACAUACGGGAGAGAAACCUCAUAAAUGUAAAGAAUGUGGGAAAGGCUUCAGUCAUGGUUCAAAUCUCAUUAAGCACCGAAGGAUUCAUACUGGAGGUAAACCAUAUAAAUGUAAUGAAUGUGGGAAAGCCUUCAGUCAGAGCUCAGCCCUUGUUAAGCACCAGAGGAUACAUACUGGAGAGAAGCCUUAUACAUGUAAUGAAUGUGGGAAAGCCUUUAGGCAGAGCUCAAAUCUUAUUUCACAUCAAAUGAUUCAUACUGGAGAGAAGCCUUAUAAAUGUAAUGAAUGUGGGAAAAGCUUCAGUCACAUCUCAGACCUUGUUAGGCACCAAAGGAUCCAUACUGGAGAGAAGCCUUAUAAAUGUAAUGAAUGUGGGAAAGCCUUUAGUCAGAGUUCAGUACUUGUUAAGCACCAGAGGAUACAUAGUGGAGAGAAGCCUUACAAAUGUAAUGAAUGUGGAAAAGCCUUUAUUCUGAGCUCAAGUCUUAUUGCCCAUCAAAUGAUCCAUACUGGAGAGAAGCCUUACAAAUGUAGUGAAUGUGGGAAAGGCUUCAUCGAGAGUUCAGCUCUUAUUGUCCAUCAGAGGAUCCACACUGGAGAGAAGCCGUAUACAUGUAAUGAGUGUGGGAAAGCCUUUACUCGAAGCUUAAACUUGAUUGUACAUCAAAUGGUUCAUACUGGAGAGAAACCAUAUACAUGUAAUGAAUGUGGGAAAACCUUUAGUCAUGGCUCAGGCCUUGUUAAACACCAGAGGAUUCAUACUGGGGAGAAUCCUUAUAAGUGUAAUGUAUGUGGGAAAGCCUUUAAACAGAGCUCAAACCUCAUUCGACAUCAGAAAAUCCAUACUGGAGAGAAGCCUUAUAAAUGUAAAGAAUGUGAGAAAGCCUUUACUCAGAGAUUUCACUUAAAAAAACAUCUGAAUACGCAUACUGGAGAGAAGCCUUAUAAAUGUAAGGAAUGUGGGAAAGGCUUCAAUCAUGAUUCAAACCUUAUUAAGCAUCGUAAAGUCCAUUCUGGAGGAAAACCAUAUAAAUGUAAUGAAUGUGGGAAAACAUUCAAAAAGUUCUCAAGUGUUUUCAAGCAUCAGAGUAUUCACACUAAAGAGAAGUCUUAUAAAUGUAAGGUAUGUGGGAAAGCAUUUACUCAGAAGUCAGUACUUAUUAAACAUCAGAAGACUCAUGUUGAAGAAACACAUUAGCAGCAUAAUGAGAUCCUUUAUUCCAAGAUCCUAAUGUAUAUCCUAGGAUGCAUAAUGGAGAAAAGACUAUAUGUAAUCAAUGUGGGAAACUUUUAGUUAGUGUUUCCAACUUAAUGGAUACCAGAUGAUUCAUACUUCAUAGGACUCUUAGAAAGAAAAGAAAGUGGUAAAGUUUUCAUUCAUGGUUCCAGACCUUGUUAAAAACGAGAUGAUUAAUACUGCUGCAAAGCCUUAUAAUGAAUAUGGGACCUGAGAAUUCAUACUCAAGAAUAGUCUUAUAAGAGCCAAGAACCACGGGGUAGAAUUCAAGAACUCCUCACACUUUGUUAACCAUCUAGUUCAUACUGAAAAAAGCUCGGUGAUGUGAGCUAACAUUUCUCUAUGGCCUUUAAGGUCGACAAUGAGCUUUCUAUAGCUAGCUUAUCUCAUUUGGUCCUUACAACCACCUUGUAAGGGAGGUAGGUGGUAGUAUUAUUGCCACUUUCCAGAUGAGGAAGCUGAAUGACUUGCCUACAGUCACACAGCAAGUGUCUGGGGCCAUAUUUGAACUCAAGUCCAAGUCCAGCACUCCAUCCAUUAGUCCAAAUAUAAUGAGUAUAGGAAUUUUAAGUUUAAUGAGUAUAGGAAGGUAUUAUGUGACAGGUCAGUCCAGUCUAAUAAAUUGUCAUGAAUGAAUGAAUGGCAAAUAUAUUAAGAGCUCAGGGGGCUCAAGGUUGACACUUCAUCAUUUCCUACCUGGCUAUAGGACUUCAUCAUGCUUUCACCAGUACUCUCCUUCCUCUAUUUCCUGUAUAUUAGCUUCUUUGUAUAGUUUGUCUUCUCUCAUUAGAUUGUGAGCUCCUUGAAGCAGGGACUUUUUUUUUUUUUGGCCUUUCUUUGUAUCUUAAAUGUUUAGCACAAUGCCUGGUACAUAGUAGCUGCCUAAUAAAUGUUUAUUAAUGUGGCUUAAGUCCCAAUGGAUCCCUAAUGCUAAACUGUCUCAAACAGGUCAUUGAGCACAAUCUUUAAAUAUAAUCUCAACAUGUUAGUGUCUGGGCAAUGAGAGGAGUUGUGCAGGGUUUACCUGGUGGCCCUUGAGAUCACUAUCAGUCCCCCAAACAAAACCUGAUGGCAAUUUAAUACACAAGACAUUACACAUAUGUCUAGAAUUGCUGAAUGAAUCUCUUACAGAGGAUCUGCCUAUUAACCCAACUCAUUUACUUAUCCAUAGCAUGGAAAAGAUAUAUUCAAUGAAGAUAUAUUUAUUGAGGAUCCCAAAUUGAUGUAGUAAUUUACUUCAUCUCCGUAGAAAGGUGGCUUACUCUGAGUGAAUAAAUGUCAUCUAAUAGGCCUAUAUCCCAAAGAAAUAAAGGAAAGAGAAAGGAAACCUUGAUGUACCAACUUGUUUAUAUUAUUUCUUUUUGUGGUGGGACAAAUUAGAAACUGAGUGUCUUCCUUUUGGAGAAUGGCUAAACAAAUUGCAAUAUGUGAAUGUAAGUAGUAUUGUUGUGCCAUGAAAAAUGAUGAAAUGGAAUCUUAUAUGACUGAGGUAGAAGAAAGUAAAUGGAGCUUGGAGAAUGCUUUUACAAUGAUACUAUCAUUCUGAAAAACAACUUUGAUAGACUUUCAGACUGAUCAAUGAUGAUCAACCACCAGUCCAGAAGAAAGAAGAGGAAAUAUACCAUUCAGCUCUUGGCAUAGAGGUGGUGAUGAACUUAUAAUUCAGAAAGAGACCUACAUUUUGUUUUUUUCAUGUGGCCAAUGUGUAAAUUGAUUUUACCCAUGUACUUAGCUGUCUAUUGAGGACUUUAUUUUCUGUAUUGUAUUUAAUUUGCUUGACUGGAUGGGGGGGAGGGGUGCAGAAUGGAGGUGGUGGGAGGGAUGAAUUUUUAAAAAAGGAUGUUUGUGCUCUAAUGUGCAACACUUAUUUCAAUACAAUUUAUUGCCCCACAGUGGUAUUGCUCUGAAUUAAAUUCAGGCAAUGAACCACACUGCCAAAGAGGGCAUCCUUUAUCUUGUUACUUUAAAAAAUGUAUUUCAGUCACCUGUCUUUAUGGGGUAGCACUGCUAAUGAUAUGAAUUGGAAAGAUUUAUUGAAAAAAAGCGAAAAGCAGGAGCAUUUAAAAUGGACAAAUUUGUAUUUUGAAAUCAUUGUAUUUGCAAGAUAUAUGAUGCAUAAUAAAAUUAAAAGA